AUGGACAAUCCCGCGUUAGGCGGCGGAGACGACGGCGGGGAUGGACCUGGAGCUGGAGCUGGAGGCGGUGAAGACAUUGGGCCUGGACUUUCGCUUGGAGGCGAUGGUGGGCUGUCGGGCAUUGGGCCUGGGGCUGGGCUCAGUUCCAUUGGCGGCGGAGAUGCCAUCAUCGGUGGGGGGGUGGCGGAAGGAGUCGCUGCCGGUGGAGUUGAGAUGCUAGGCGGGGGUGAAGCUGCAGGGGGAGGUGUGGUCGGGGGAAGUGCUACUGGCGGUGGGGUUGACGGGGGAGGUGCGGCGGAGGAGGCGGGACCUGGAGAAGGGGAGGGAGAUUGA